ACUCCGGACAGAUUCACAACCUCAGCCAUGGCUCCGUGAACCAACACAUGGCAGCCUGCAGCCAUGAACCAAAAACUGACGAUGCUUAAAUAGCAGCCUUAAUUAGUUUCUUUCGAAAUUAUUUCAACUCCUGCAAUAUCUACAGCCACCGGUCGGCUGUCAGUCACUGUCGGGGGGAGAGGAGCACAGCACCCCCUUCGGUUUAAUUUCCUCCGACAUCUCGCUUUGAAGUUUCCGUCUCCUCUAUCAGAAGCUCAACAUGGGGGUUCAGGGUUUCCAAGAGUACAUUGAAAAGCAUUGCCCCAGUGCCGUGGUGCCGGUGGAGCUCCAGAAACUUGCCCGGGGGAGUAUGGUUGGAGGUGGCCGGCAGAGACCACCUCAAAGUCCGCUGAGACUGCUGGUGGACGCGGAGAACUGCCUCCACCGGCUCUACGGAGGCUUCUACACCGACUGGGUCAGCGGGGGCCAGUGGAACCACAUGCUGGGCUACCUGGCUGCCCUCUCCAAGGCCUGCUUCAACGGUAACAUUGAGCUCCUGGUGUGCUUCAAUGGCGCCCUGGAGAAAGGCCGUCUUCAUGAGUGGGUCAAGCGGCAGGUGAACGAGAGGCAGACCGCCCAGCAGAUCAUCAGCCACGUCCAGAACAAGGGGACCCCUCCGCCUAAAGUCUGGUUCCUUCCUCCCGUGUGCAUGGCCCACUGCAUCCGACUGGCGCUCCUCAGGUUCCGCGUCGGGGUUGUCCAGAGCAUCGAAGACCACCACCUGGAAGUGAUAUCUUUAUGCAGGGAGAAUGGCUUCCACGGCCUGGUGGCCUACGACUCGGACUACGCUCUGUGCAACAUCCCAUACUACUUCAGUGCCCACGCCCUCAAACUGAGCCGCAACGGCAAAAGCCUCACCACCAGCCAGUACCUGAUGCACGAAGUGGCUCGGCAGCUUGAUCUCAACCCAAAUCGUUUUGUCAUUUUUGCAUCACUUUUAGGAAAUCACAUACUGCCUGAUGAAGACUUGGCUGCCUUUCACUGGAGCUUACUUGGUCCAGAGCAUCCAUUAGCAUCUUUGAAGGUGCGUGCCCACCAGCUUGUGCUUCCACCCUGUGAUGUUGUAAUCAAGGCUGUGGCUGACUACGUCCGCAACAUCCCAGACAUCACCGACCUGGAGGCCAUCGCUAAGGACAUCUUCAAGCAUUCACAAACGUGCACUGAUGACAAAGUCAUCCGCUUCAAGAAGGCAGUGGAGUACUACUCAGUGGCCAGCAAACCCCCUCACUUCCCUCCACAGUUAGUCAGACCAAAACUAAUGGGAGUACCUGCUACAAUGCCGUUUCCAAAAAUGCUCAACAUUCCACAGGUGCCGCUGCCUGUAAAACCUGGGGUCCAGCACUCGUACCCGGUGCCUCUGAUGGAGCGCAGCCUGGCUCUGGACUCGGUGGAGAAAGGCCUCCCAGAGCAGAACAGCUUCAGCAACAUUCCUCAUGAAGGGAAGCACACACCGCUGUAUGAGAGGUCCUCUCCCAUCAAUCCGGGCCAGCCUGGCAGCCCCAACCACACAGAGGCCGCUUUCUUCAACGCCUCCUCCACAUCCUCCUCCUCGGAGAAUGAAGACAGCUCAGGCACAACUGCCAAUCAUGUUAGUGACCAUAAAGAAGGAUGGGACGGAAACGGAGAGACUCCACAUUCUGAAAACACACCAGAGGGAGACCUGGGGGACCAAACAAAAGCUGACCUCUGUGUGACCCCUGCUGGGAGUCUGAAUGUCCAGAUCCCUUCCCUGCUCUCCAUGCCGACGAGGAACCAUAUGGACAUCACCAUCCCACCCCUCCCUGCCGUGGCCCCCGAGGUCCUGCGGGUGGCCGAGCACAGACACAAGAAGGGCCUUAUGUACCCCUACAUCUACCACGCUCUCACCAAGGGAGAGAUUAAGCUGUCUGUCACCAUUGAAGAUGAAGCUAACAAAGACCUGCCUUCAGCAGUGCAGCUGUUUCGGCCUAUCCGUCAAUAUGUUUACGGAGUGCUCUUCAGCCUGGCUGAGGCCAGGAAGAAGGCUGAGAGACUCGCCAUGAGGAAGAACUGCCUCCCUGAAUAUACACAUGUCAUGGUCAAAGAGUGGGCCGCUUACAAAGGCAAGUCUCCCCACACUCCAGAGCUGGUGGAGGCUCUGCCCUUCAGGGAGUGGACCUGUCCCAACCUGAAGAAGCUGUGGCUGGGGAAGGCCGUGGAGGACAAGAAUCGGAGGAUGAGAGCGUUCCUGGCCUGCAUGCGCUCUGACACUCCAGCCAUGCUGAACCCUGCCAGCGUCCCCACGCCCCUCUUGGUGCUCUGUUGUGUGCUGCGGUUUAUGUUACAUUGGCCAGGAGUAAGAAUUUUGCGUCGUAACGAACUUGACGCGUUCCUAGCCCAAGCACUUUCUCCUAAACUUUAUGAGCCUGACCAGCUGCAGGAACUGAAGAUCGACAACCUGGACCCUCGAGGAGUCCAGCUUGCUGCUCUGUUCAUGAGCGGAGUGGACAUGGCUCUGUUUGCCAACGACGCUUGCGGACAGCCUAUUCCCUGGGAGCACUGCUGUCCCUGGAUGUACUUUGAUGGCAAGCUGCUUCAGAGUAAACUCAUCAGGGCCAACAGGGAGAAGGCCCAGCUCAUUGACCUCUGUGACGGUCAGACUGAGCUGGUUGCUAAGGUGGAGAAGAUGCGUCAGAGCAUCCUGGAAGGUCUCAACUUCACCCGGCCACCUCAUCCUCCUCCAUUCCCCCCGCCGCCACCUCCACCUCCUCACGGGAUGCCUUUCUACCCUGUCUCUGGCUCCUUCUACCCCCCACCCCCUAUGAUGCCACCUCAGGGGAGAGACAGAGGGAUGGCUGGAAUCUCGUCACAGGGUGGGAAACUGGAGAUAGCCGGCACUGUGGUGGGUCAGUGGGCUGGCACUCGACGCAGCAGAGGAAGAGGAGGCUUCCCUGUCCAAGUGGUGUCAGUUGGGGGACCUAAUAGAGGUCGCCCCAGAGGUGUGAUCUCCACGCCCGUCAUAAGGACGUUUGGUCGGGGAGGCAGGUACCACCCUCGAGCCUUCAAGAGUCAGGUAGCAUUCCUGAGCAAGCCUGCUCAUAAGCCUGCUCAUACAUCUGGACAUGAUGCAGUGAAGGAGAGAAAGAAGGCCAAGCCAGAGGAGAGGAAAUCCUUUGCGGCGCCGUGCGACAACUCAGCCACGGAGAACGGCGUGGAGGACAAAGAGCCGGACCAGCUGAAUGGAGAUAAAGAGGAACGCAGGGCUCUCAUCCAACCUGAAAGUGCCUUAAGCAGUGACUCCAAGACGUGCAAUUCUAAUCCUCACUUAAAUGCACUAAAUGUAGACAGCGGCUGCCAUAGAGAUGAAGGUCUGGAGGCCGCUGUCUUAAAAAAAGAAGAGUAAGCCUAUUUUUCUAGAGAGGGUGAAGGAUGAAUGAUGGAACAGGGUUAGGAUAUCUGGAAAGCCUGCAGUCAAUGUACCUUUUUCCUGUCAGAUAAAGAAAAGAGAUGAAAUUCGGAUCCCUCUCAGUAAACAUGAGAUAAACGACACACUGCUAGUUUAAGGAGUUGUUCAUCACCAAGAUUUCUACAUGUUAAUGACAAUGAUACUUUUCCUUUUCGUUAGAAUAUUAAAGCUAAAGAAGCUUUAAUUUGGAAAUAUUUUAGUUCUUAUAGUUUGAUGCGCUAGUCGGCGCCACGUCGCCACAGUACUGUCAUCAAGUUUGUGUUGUCCAGUAACUGCUUAAUGAAAACCAAACGUAUAACGAGAAAAACAGAAUGCAACACAUCCGCCUAGGUCACCACUUUGGGUUCGGGUCAUAUUGAAGCAACUCUGUUCAUCAGUUCAGACGAGCUCCAUGUCAUUUCAGUCAUUAAGCUGUAAGUAACAUUUCAAGAAAUGGCUCUCAAAAUCAACUCGACUUGGUUUCUUGAAUCAGACGUAGAGCUGUAGUAUUACCGCUUCAAUAAAACCUUCUGCAUGGUUCACAGUUUCACAGGUGUGUAAUUAUUAUGCAUGUUGUCCUUUUUCCUCCAUCUUUACAAGUACCCAUUUGCAAACUAACGAAUGGCUAAUAUCAGUGAUGGCCCAUAAAAGGUGUUAACUGUUAGUAACACGUUUGUUCUGACCUUGAUUCUUUUGUGACCUCUGUUGCAUUUAAUAAAAGACAAAAAAACAGGAAGUUAUCUACCCACUCUGAAAUAGUGUAUUCACACAAUAUUGUUCUCUGUUGCUGUUUUCUGCAUUAGUCAAAUAUCUGAGAAAAAAUAAAAAAGCUUUGAUGAAAGUCACUUCUUUUGUAGCUGAAAGCAACAUCCUCAAUCACUCCCGAUUAAGACUUUAGCCGUCAGCCAGUAAUCAAUUUUGAGAUUUACUUUAGUGUUGUUUUUCCACUCAUACUUCCACACCAGUAUCAUCAUCUAACCUUUUGACUUAAUUCUCCUUUUCAUGUUUCAUUAGUGAUCAGAGAAAUGGUGUAUUCCCCCCGCCAGAGCUAAAUAGGUUUCCUUCUAUGUAAGUUGAUCAGUUUCUUAACUCAUGGAUUGUAAAAGAAUGAACUGCUGUUGGGGUUUGGUUGAACAUUGGUGGAUUGUGGCGUGGUGUAUGUGAAGGCUAUGAUGCUUAAUAAAACUAUAUUCUUUUAGUACAA